GCUGGACGGUAAGUUCCGUAAGAACGCGAUGAUUUAAUAAAGUUUAAAUGAAUCUCCGGAGGUUCUGACCCGGCUGUUCAGACCGAGGAGCUUUAAAACACAUAAACACACCCGGCUGCGGACGCAGUCCCAGCGGCUGCCACCAGAUAGCGAUAGCUUCAUAUUCGAAGCGAGCGUGCAAGUCUCUGAAUUUUCCGGGUCACAGUUGAUGGUGAACUCAAGGAUGGAACCCAGGCGGAAAUUUGAUUUUGAAUUCAAAUAGAGAGUUUUGACAGCCAGACACUUGAACAUCGACUCAAAAAGAAUCCGUUACUGGAGGAAACAGAAGGAGGAGCUGCUGCCAGCAGACGGAGGAACAGCAGAGUAUCACGGAUCAAGAAGACAGCGCUGGAGAUCUGCCCUUCAGUGAGAUUCCUCCAGUGUAACCCGCUCACACAGAGACGUCCUGCCCCCUCGACCCAGAAAGAGCCUGAUCCACUCACACAGAGACUUGUUAACUUUGUUGCCAACGUCAGGAAGACCAUCACAAUAAAAAGGAUUCAAGAGAAAAACAUCAUCUCAAUGGACAAGACUGCUGGUUCUCUGGGUGUUGGUGGCCUCAGACAAACCAGAAGUGGAAGUGAUCAUAAAAUCUUUUAAUGUGGACUGUCGGUGAAACCUGACGGCAGCGAGACGACCUCAUCAGCUGCUUCAGGGAGGGACACCCUGCCGCCACCAAGCUAACCCAAAACAACUAGCGUUUUGUCAUAAAUACUAAGUUGUUUUUAAAAUGGGCUCAGGUACAACAUGUGCUGCCGUUGGUUGCCACAACAAUUCAAGAAAAUUGAAGGAUUUUUCAGAAACUUAUUGUGUAGAACAUCGACGACUUCGAAAAAUAUGUCCGUGCCCUGCACCCUACGCCCUGCACGCCAUGCCAAAGAUGGAGGAACGGAGACUAGCGUGGCUCGAGGCUUUGAGACUAAAAUAUCCCCCGAAGAGAGUGUAUGUGUGCUCCUUCCACUUCGUCGAUAAAAAGCCCACAGAACUGCACCCUGAUCCGGAGCUCUAUCUGGGCUACGACCGACCUCCUCCAAAGAAGAGCGUAAAGCUCGUCUGUGUGACUGCGACUCAGACGGCCACUUCCAGCAGCAGCAGCAGCAGCAGCGUUAACAUUAACCAAGACGCUGAAGAUGGACCUCAAGCAGCCAUGUCCGUCCUCAUCCAGACUCGUGGUGAAGCAGGUGGCGGCGUGGCGGCUCACCUCCAGUGCCCCCUCUGCGGCCAUUACUCCAAGAGUCACGCCCACCAGCUGUCCCACAUGGCGGCCUCUCACCCCACCUGCCUGGACGGCGUGGCGGUCGGUCGCCUCGGCAACAUCGUGAUGUACCAGAGCACGGCCCGGCUGUUCCACUGCUCCGACUGUUUCUACACCAGCCGAGACUUCACCAAACUGUACAAACACAUCAUCUCCAGACACUGCACGGACGGGAGGGAGGGCGGGGGAGGAGGUGAUGACGGCAGCGAGAAGGGGGAGGAGGAGGAGGAGAAAGAUGCUCAGAAAACAAAGAGGAGCAGUGAGGCUGAGGAGGAGGAGGAAGGGGAGGGACACGAAGAAGACAGCGCCCCCCAGAGGCCAGAGUCAGUCAAAGGAGACGCCGAAGGCGAUGAGAGCGUGCUGAUGUUCGACGGCGCCGGGUACCACUGUCUGAUCUGUGGCUGGAAGAACAAGCUGAAAGGUCUGGGCAUCAACCACGUGGUGCGGAAACACGACAUUCCCAAAGCGUACGCAGCACAGGCCAUCAAACGGGACGCCGCCGCCAAACAAGCGACAGGCAGCGGGGUGGAGGAGGAGGAGGUGGCUGGGCUGAGCGCUGAGCUGCUGAAGGAGGAAAUGGAGGCCACGGCCAAAGUGGUCCGAUUUAUCUCCAGCCGCUUCGUCUGUCUGAUCUGUGGCUGGAAGACCAAACUCAAAGGUUUCGCCAUCAGUCACGUGGUGCGCUGCCACGACGUGGAGCGUCCGUACAGCUGUAAGGACUGCAAACGCUCCUUCUUCCUCCCCAGCCGUCUGCAGCAGCACGUCAGCGCCGCCCACCGGCCUGGACGCUACGCCUGCCCCUUCUGCUGCUUCAGAUCGCACUUCCUGGGAGGCUUCAGGAGGCACUGCAGCCGCUGCAACGCCCGGGAGGAGGAGGAGGAGGGAGAGGGAGGAGCAGGAGGAGGUGUAGGAAGAGGAGAGGGAGGGGGAGAGGAGGAGGAGGAAAAUGAAGAAGAGGAGGGAGAAGAGAAGAGAGUGUGGAGGAAGAGGAGGAGAGCAUCGGUGGUGAUAAAGGAGGAGGAGGAAGAGGAGGACGACUGACGAAGACUCCAUCUGUUUCCUUGUUACUGUGAUUUAUGAUGAAACCAGUUUACAGUUGAAAUGUUACAGUUGUUACAGACUCAUCAGUGAAUAAAGUUCUUUUUUUAACAAUC